UCUUCAUCAUGAGCAGUACUUGCCUAAAAAAUACGUUCAUUUAAGACCGAUGUUUGGAAAAUGGAUAUAACAGGUGAUGUUAGUAUCAGAGGGAACCGUUGGCAGAGGCUGUUUAGGCGGCAACAGGGGCAGAAAGCCAGUGGGGAAGGACACGAUGGUGUCAAGGAUAAGGGAAACCAUAACACUUUCCUGGGCAGAAUUUUGAAAUUUAACUGGAACGAGUUCAUUGUUGAUCCAGCUGAGCAGUUUUAUUAUGUCUGGAUUCAGGUCAUGACACUACCCAUCGUUUACAACUGGGUAAUCAUCAUUUUGAGGACUUGUUUCACUAUGAUAGCACUGAGCUACCUCCCUGUGUGGCUUACUCUGGACUAUGUGUCAGACCUCAUGUAUAUGAUUGAUAUGAUCAUCACUCUUCACACUGGUUACUUGGAUCAGGGCAUCCUGGUCAAAGACCUGAUUCAGUUGAGGAAGCGCUACCUGCGCUCUAAACAUUUCCUCUGGGACCUGGCUUCCAUUCUUCCUUUCGACUUCCUGUAUUUUGCAUUCGGCAUCCAAACUCCUCUGGUCAGAAUCAACCGCCUUUUGCGUAUCCCACGACUCAACGAGGCCUUGGACCGCAUGGAGACAAGAACCUCCUACCCCAACACCUUCCGCAUUGCCAAGCUCAUGAUCUACAUCUUUGUGCUUAUCCACUGGAAUACCUGUCUGUACUUUGCGCUGUCCAGCAGCCUCGGCUUUGGAAGUGAUCCUUGGGUUUACCCUAAUAUCACCAACACAGAGUUUGGCUCCAUGCGACGUCAGUACUUUUACUGUUUCUGGUUUUCCGCUCAGAUUUUAACCACAGUGGGAGACGUCCCCCAGCCAGAAAGGGAAGAGGAGUUCUUGUUUAUGAUCGCAGACUUGCUCAUUGCUGUGUUGGUGUUUGCGUCAAUUGUUGGCAAUAUCGGCAAUGUCAUCACAAGCCUAAGAGAUCGCGAUAAUGUCUUCUUCCCUAACCAUGAGCUGGUAAAGGCAUACCUGCGUAGUCAUCACAUCAGCAAGGAGCUUCGAGAGCGUAUCAACAACUGGUACCAGCAUCUUUACAUCAACAAGAAGAUCAUGCGAGAAAAUGAAAUCCUGCAGCAGCUGCCUCUGCAUAUGAGGACAGAGAUCACGGUCAGCGUUCAUCUUCGCACACUCUCCAAAGUCACCAUCUUCCAGAACUGCGACAGAAGUCUGCUGGAGGAGCUGGUUCUCAAACUAACUCCUCAGGUGUUCAGUCCAGGAGAGUACGUCUGCAGGAAAGGAGAUGUGGGCCAUGAAAUGUACAUCAUCAAAGAAGGAAAAUUGGCAGUUGUGGCAGAUGAUGGGGUUACAGAAUUUGCUGUGCUGAGUGAUGGGAAUUUCUUUGGGGAAAUUAGUAUCCUUAACAUCAAAGGUAACAAGUCAGGCAACCGCAGGACUGCCAACAUCCGAAGCAAUGGGUACUCUGAUCUCUUCAGCUUGUCCAAAGAAGACCUGACAGAUGUAUUAUCGGAGUUCCCUGCAGCCAAACGUCACCUGGAGGAGAAAGGCCGACAGAUCCUCACUAAAAUGGGCAUGUUGGAGGAGAGUGGGGAGAAAGAGGAAGGGGAGGGAGAGAAAGUGGAAACCAAGAUACAAAGACUAGAGAGCAACUUGGAGGUUCUGCAAACUAAAUUAGCUCGACUAAUGAUGGAAUUGGAAUCGAGCAAUCGCAAAAUGCAGGCCAGGGUGGCGCAGCUGGAGCUGGAAGUUUCAGAACUGGAGACUCAGCUGUCAGAAGAUGAUGGAGAGAGAGACAGAACAUUGGGAAGAGGGCAAGGUGUGGGUAGGGAGGCUGAAUGGGAGCGAGAGGAGGCAGAGGGAGAGGAGGAGGAAGAAGAAGGCUCAUAUAUGAAGGGGGAAAAACAGGGACUUGGAGAUGAUAGUAAUGAUGUCACCAAAGAGGGAGAUGGUGAGAGCACUAAAAGUACAAAGGAAGAUGCUGAAAAGGUGGUAGAGGGAGAUAAAUGUAGGCCAAAAAACCCAGAUAAUCAAGGAGAUAAAAGUGAAGAUGAUGGAGAGAAGAUCCAAGGAGAUGACAGACCUGGGAAAGGAGAUGGAGCUGAGAUUGAACCUGAAAAUGGGAAAGAAGCGAAAAGUGGAAAGAGAGAAUCUGAGGAAGGGAAAAGGAGGAAAAGGAUAAGGGAAAGAAAGCUGAAAGGUAGAAGAAAUGAACGAAAAACUAAGAAAAAAUGAAAAGAAAUGUGAACUGUGUUUUUCCCAUAUGCGUUUUCAGGAAACGCUGCAGUGGAUAUUUGUUCCCCUAGAUGGCAGCAUUGCAUUCCUCCCUUCUAAGUCAUCGUCAAGAAAAUCAAUGUAUUAACCCCUCCCCUCUCCCUUUAGUAUAUUUAUACAGUUUUCAAUAAAAUAGUCUUAUUAGUUUGGUUUCUUUGUUUGUUUCUUUUUAAUUCAUU